AUUUUUUUGGUCUUCCUGUGGUCAUGAAGUACCAAUAAAGAUGGCGGACGGUGGAGAUGUGAAAAUGGAAGUUGAAACAACAGCGAAAUCAUACGAUGUCCCGGCUUCUGCAUUCAGCGAAAGCGCAGUAAUAGACACACACCUUGAUGUCCCUUCCACCAAGACGGAGUCUAUUGAGCGGAUGGUGGAGGUGUACGAGAUUGAGAGAUCAGUCCAAGUAAUCACGAGUUCUGGUUUCAAUAAGGUAGCGUUACAGUUUCCUGAUAGUUUACUAGCUGAUUCAGCAUCAGUGGCGAGAUUGAUUGAGCAACGAGCUUCAUGCAAGGCCUUCAUUCUGGCAGAUACUUCAUACGGCAGCUGCUGUGUUGAUGAAAUAGCUGCAGAGCAUGCUGACGCUGAACUCAUAAUACACUACGGACAAGCUUGCCUCAGCCAAACCAAGCGUCUUCCAGUUCUUUAUGUGUUCGGCAAGAAUCCAAUAAAUGUCAUUGAGUGUUCUCAGCAUUUUAGACAGUUAUAUCCUGAUACAGGAAUCAGGGUUCUGGUGUUCUAUGAUGUGGUUUAUAACCACUGUAUAGGUGCUCUAGAUGAAGCACUAAGUCCCUUGUACCCUAACAUGACGAUUAGUACAAUAGCCCCAGAAGGCUUACCUAGUGAACCCACCAGUCAGCAGUCAAGCAGAAAUCCACAAGCAUCAGACGUGGAAGGAAUGGAAGUGAAUCAAUGCAACAGAAGAUUUGGCAGGGACUUUACCCUAGCAGCAAACUCUUCCAUCUCCGACUAUCAAAUAUUUUACAUUGGAGAGCAAAGCCUAACAUUAAGAAAUUUAAUGAUGACCUACAAUAAAUGCCAGUUUUCUACUUAUGAUCCCAUCACCAAUGAGUCGAGACGAGAGACUCUGAAUGUUAAUAAAGCACUUAUGAAAAGAUAUCACAUGAUACAGAGAGCAAAAGAUGCUCAAAUUGUUGGGAUUGUUGUAGGAACUUUAGGUGUGGCUGAUUAUUUGAAAAUAAUUGAAAGACUCAAGAAAGUUUUAGCAAUUGCUGGCAAAAAGUCCUAUGUCUUUGUAAUGGGAAAACUGAAUGUCGCCAAGCUGGCUAAUUUUCUUGAGAUUGAUGUGUUUGUGCUUGUGUCAUGCCCAGAAAACAGUCUCAUAGAUUCAAAGGAAUUCUACAAGCCAGUGGUUACACCUUAUGAGAUGGAAAUUGCUUGUCUCAGGACACAAGAAUGGACGGGCGAUUAUGUAACAGAUUUCCACGAACUACUGCCAGGGGGUUGCUACUCUGCGGAGUUAAAUUCUGAGGAUGAUAAUGAUGACUCACCUUAUAUUUCCCUUAUUACUGGAAAAAUGCAACACAACUACAAGAGUUCGGCUAAAGAAGCAGGAGAAACUUCAACUUCGCUUGUACAAAGAAACCAAGAGACAACACUAGCGACUCAGCAGCCUUUGACAGCAGGAGAGUUCCUGGCCUCACGAUCCUGGCAGGGUCUGCAGCAGAACCUAGGAGACACCCCCGUCACCACUGCAGUGGAGGGAAGAAGAGGAAUAGCAGCCGGCUACACGGAUGAGGGGGAAUGAAGGUGCUACAUAACAACACUUAUUCUACUUUUUGAAAAACUGAUAACAUCAAUAAAGUUACACUCAAAAAUG